AUGACUCGGUUCUCUGGAAAAUCUGUAAUCAUUACUGGAUCCUCUAACGGUAUUGGAAGAGCUACCGCUGUGCUUUUUGCCAGACACGGCGCCCAAGUGACAAUCACUGGACGAGAUGCUGAAAGGUUGGAAGUCACCAGACAGAAGAUUUUGAAAGCUGGAGGACAAAAUGUGAAUGUUGUGGUGGCCGAUGUGACUGAUACUCAAGGACAGGAUAGGAUUAUUCGAUCGACUCUGGAAAAGUUUGGAAAGAUUGAUGUGUUGGUCAACAACGCUGGUGCUAAUAUCGUCGAUGGUACCAUGUUCACCGAUCAAUCCAUGGAUUUGUAUCAUAAAACAUUCCAAUUGAACUUCCAAGCUGUUGUUGAAAUGAUCAAGAAGACCAAGGAGCAUUUGAUAAAGACAAAGGGAGAAAUUGUUAAUGUGUCUAGUAUUGCCUCAGGGCCGCAAGCGGUAUGA